AUGGCCACUUUUGUAAUUACCACGUCUUCCGGAAAGCCUGACAGGGAUACCAUGAGAAAGAUUCGCAGCCAUGCGAUGCGUGGAAGGAAUACACGAGCGGACAGACUAGCUCGGGCCCAAGGACGCAUGAAUCCCGAUAAGAGCCUGGAACGUACUAUGGAAACUGGUAGGAGUGCAUCUUCCAUAUCAGUACCCUGUACUGGCUCAACGGCAGAACCGUGUAAUGGCCAGAAACCAGGCAAGGAUAAUCUGUCAACAAUGAAUAUUCCGCGAAAACUGGCACCAGAGCUUUUGUUGCAGCGGUCAGAACUCGAGCUAAAGCCGUAUAUGCUGGAGUUGAUAUAUCAAGCUUUCACGACGUCAAAACCCUGCCGAUACGCCAUAGACAUGAAAGUCGCUCACGAAUGCGAGUCUCACAUCUUCAGUCUCAGCGACAUGCACAUGCACGAAGUAUCUCUCCACUCCAUACUCUUCACAUCAUCAGCAUUCAAAGAAGUCUGUCAAGGUCUGGAAUUCAGCAUACUCACGAGAUAUCAUCUUGGCGAGACACUACGCUGUAUACAACACAGUCUCCAGGAUAAAAGCAACGCAACGGCCAUGGCGACGGUGGGAGCUAUCGUUAAUUUGGCGUCGGCGGCGUCGACUUUUGGAGAUGUUGAGACUGCGAGGAAACAUAUGGAUGGGUUGUGUCGGAUUUUUGAACUUCGUGGUGGGGUAUCGCCUUUUGGAACUGCAGCGUUGGCAGAAAUGAAGUGCCAGAGGAUUGAGAUCUGUCUAUCGAUGACAGAAGGGCGAAAACCGCGACUCCUCCCCGACAUCCAAUCUUGCGAUUCCUUCAUGCCAAUAUCUGCAAUUCAUCCCCCUCCAGAGUCCACAUUUCUAAAUCCCCGAACCUUGACACCAGAUCGCCGUCUACUUUCCAUCUGGACCGAUUUGCAAUACUACAGCAGGCUAGCUAAUGAAGGCGCACUCACCCCACCAGAUCUGUUCCUCUUUAUAAGCACAACUCUUCCGCAUAGAUUACUUCAGCUUUCUUACAAUGCCCAAUCGACUUGCGAGCUUAUGAGGCUUUGUAUGCUGGCUUAUGUCAAGAGCAUUCUUUUUAGUCUUCCUGGGGUUGGGAGGAGAAUGUCCUACUUAUCUACUAAUCUGGAGAGUGCACUUCAGCAGUUUGUGCCCUUGGAUCGAGAACACUCGACUUUCUUGCUAUGGGCGUUGUUCAUUGCUGGGAGUUGUAUUUUUGAGGACUUUGAACGAGAGUGGCAUCGUCGGGCUAUUCAAGAGACAUGUGACGUUCUUGGUGUGAGUAGCUGGGUGCAAUGCCGGGUGAUAUUAAACAGCGUGCUGUGGAUUGGUGAUUUACACGAUACGGUGGCACAGGAAGGGUAUAUAAAGGUCUUUGGCGCUACAUAA